AUGACUUCAGGACGGCUCGUUCUGAUUCUCUGCUGCCUCGGGCAGGUGUUGGUGUUGACGAGUGCCCAACUGUCUAAAUUGAGCAUUCACGGGGAAGUAGAACUGGAGAAACAAUUGCUAAGAUUGCUGCUGAGACUGCGCGCGGAGGAGAACUUUGACACUCUGGUCAUUUACGGAGAAGACUGCGUAUUCCAUUCAAUGCUGAGGCACUCGUUGGUACCCACAGUGCUGGCGUCCUCGGGCAGCACUGACUUCGAUUGGAGUUUCAGCAGCUCGACACUUAUUCUCAGCUGCGGGGCCAAUGCCGAGCGAGAGCAGAACUAUCGCACUUUGAUGAAGCUGCAAAUGACAAGACGUCUGAUAUAUCUGCACGAGGACAUUGAGCCAGAGACAGUCUGCGGCCACUACUCUGUCAGGGAGCAGCAUAACGUUGCGAUGGUGCAAUCAAGCGUGGAUCAGCUGCUGACCAUCUACACCUGUCGCUGCUUUCAAGAACCCAACUAUGAGGAGCGAGACCUAUGCGAAAAUAGACCAAUUUUUGUGGAGCACUUUCGGGACAUGCGAGGUGGCAUAAUCAGAACACAGACCGACAAACUGAUCCCCCGAACGAUGGUGUACGUGGAUGCGAAGAGCGGCAAGGAGAAAAUAAUUGGUUACGUGGCCAAUUUGGUGAACAACUUCGCCCAGAAGGUAAAUGCCACCUUGGAUUUUCAUCAGCGAUGGAAAGAUGACGAACAGGAGGCGUCCUAUACGGACAUAAUAAGGGGGGUGGAGAAGGAUCGUCUGGACAUUGGCACUACCAUAGUGUCAUCUCUGCAGGUAUCGAAUUUGGAUCUUUUAAGCUAUCCCUAUUUGCUGACAUCGUACUGCCUGAUGGUUCCGGUCCCAGCCAGGCUGCCAUACAACCAGAUCUACGCAAUCAUAGUGGAUCCACUGGUGCUGUGCAUCAUCUUCGUGCUCUUCUAUCUGCUCUCAGCGCUGCUGAUCUACAGCCAGCAGCUGUCCUGGCAAGGCCUGACCCUGGCCAAUGUCCUGGUGAACGACAAGAGCCUGCGCGGUCUCUUGGGGCAGUCGUUUCCGUUUCCGCGAAACUCGAACAGGAAGCUAAAGCUCGUCUGCUUUAUUCUGUGCUUCGCUAGCCUGAUGAUCACCACCAUGUACGAGUCCUAUCUUGGGUCCUUCCUCACGCUCCCUCCGCCCGAGCCGGCCCUACGCACCUUCCCGGAUGUGAGCAAUUCCCGCCACAAGCUCGCCAUCAGUAGAUUCGAGCUGAAUGUCCUCACCGCCAAAAACAAUUCCCACCUUCGCCAGUUACGCAGGGAUCAUAUUUUGGUCAUCGAAGAGGUGGAUCAGUUCAUGCUUCUGCGCGAUUCAUUUAAUGACAGCUUCAUUUACACGGUAACCAAUGAUCGCUGGAGCUCCUACCAGGAUCAGCAGAGGAUCUUCAAGAAGCCCAUGUUCUACUACUCAUUGGAUCUCUGCUUCAAUCGUUUUUUGUACUUACAAAUCCCGCUGCGCCGUCACCUGCCCUACCGGCACCACUUCGAGGAGCACAUGCAGCGGCAGCAAGAGUUCGGUCUGGUGCAGUUCUGGAAGAGCCAGAGCUUCUACGACAUGGUGAGGCUGGGUCUGACGCCCAUGAGGGACUACAGCCAGCCGCCGCACAUUGAUCCGGCCAUUCUGGUGGAGGACAUCUCCUGGAUACUGAAGCUCUUUGGCGCAGCCAUCGGAAUAAGUUGCUGCUGCUUUAUCCUCGAGCUUUGGUUGGGAAGAAGCCGAAUGGCGUCCCCAUCCUCCAACAUUAAUUAACAGCUACUUAUCACGAGACCAUCUAAAGCGUUUAUUUGCUCGCCCAUUCGAACUAAUUCAUUUUUAAUAAAUCAGCUAAUUGCCCAUGCACGGACACGGA